AUGAGGGCAACCCCUUUUCUUCUCACGGCCCUGUCCGGCCUCGCCUCGCUGGUCCAGGCGUAUCCCAAGGAGGGCAGCACUCUCGCCAAGAGGGCUUCCAACUCAACAACAGACCGGCUAGUCUUUGCUCACUUCAUGAUUGGCAUUACCAGUAACCGCAACAGUGCCGAUGACUACGAUGAUGACAUGAAGAACGCCAAAGCAUACGGCAUCGACGCCUUUGCCCUAAACAUCGGCGUUGAUCCGUACACUGACCAGCAGCUCGGCUACGCCUAUGACUCGGCAGCCAAGAACGGAAUGAACGUGUUCAUCUCCUUUGACUUUAACUGGUGGAGCACCAGUCAGGCCAGCGAGAUUGGACAGAAAAUCGCCCAGUAUGGGGUCAAGCCAGCCCAGCUCAAGGUUGAUAACAAGACCUUUGUCUCGUCGUUUGCCGGUGACGGUCUCGACGUGGCUGCCAUGCGCACUGCAGCUACGGGGAUGGAGUUGUUCUUUGCUCCCAAUUUCCAUCCUGAGCAGGGCACUGAUCUGACUGAAGUCGAUGGUCUGUUGAACUGGAUGGCGUGGCCAAAUGAUGGCAACAACAAGGCCCCGACUGCUGGCGCCAACGUUACUGUGCAGGCUGGUGAUGACGCAUACACCAAGGCCCUCGGUGACAAGGCUUAUAUUGCUCCUGCCUCGGCCUGGUUCUCAACCCACUUCGGCCCCGAAGUGUCCUAUAGCAAAAACUGGAUCUUCCCCUCUGACAGCCUUUGGUUUGACCGCUGGCAAGAGUUGUUGACUCUGGGUCCUCGCUUUAUUGAGAUUGUCACCUGGAACGACUACGGCGAGUCUCACUAUAUCGGACCCCUAAACUCUCCUCACACCGACGACGGGGCAUCGAAAUGGGUCAAUGAUAUGCCCCACGACGGCUGGCUUGACAUGGCCAAACCCUUCAUCGCCGCCUUCAAGGACGGCGCCACCAGCGCCGACAGCUACAUCACCGACGACGAACUGAUCUACUGGUACCGCCCAACCCCGCGCGGCAUCGACUGCGAUUCCACAGAUACAUGCAUGGUCACCGCCAACAACGACAGCGGCAAUUACUUCAUGGGGCGACCCAACGGAUGGGAGGACAUGCAGGAUAGCGUCUUUGUUGUUUCGCUGUUCACAGACGAUGCCACCAUCAAGGUCACCUCUGGCAACGGGACCGCGCAGACUAUUGACGCAAAGGCAGGUGCCAGUAUCCAUCAAGUGCCCAUGGGUGUUGGUGAGCAGAGCUUUACGGUUACGCGAAGUGGGACGACUGUGUUUAGCGGCAAGAGCUUGAAGCAGAUUAUCGACGGCUGUGUUUGUGGGUUAUACAACUUUAACGCUUACGUGGGAUCCCUCCCCGCCGGCCCAAGUGACCCUCUGCAAUCCGCCGGUCUGCAGUCUCUUACUCAGGGAUUGCAUGUUUCAACAUGCUCUGCCACGCCCUCGUUGGGAACAGCCCCUGCCUCGUCGACUCCGGCUGCAGUGGCCGCGAAGCCAACGAAUUGA